AUGUCCUCCUUCCUCAAUUUCGUCUGUUCACAAAUCUUCGUCGCCCUCCCCUACCCCAAGCAGGACCUCACGGACCAAACCAUCAUCGUCACUGGCGCUAACACCGGCCUCGGCCUCGAAGCCGCUCGACACUUCACACGUCUCAACGCGUCCAAAGUCAUCCUUGGCGUCCGGAGCCUCGACAAGGGCGAAGGAGCCAAGAAGUCCAUCGAAGAAUCCACGGGGCGCUCGGGCGUCGUGGAAGCAUGGCGACUCGACCUGUGCAGCUAUGAAUCCGUCAAGCAGUUUGCGCAGCGCGCGCAAGGGUUGCAGCGACUGGAUGUUGUAGUGGAAAAUGCGGGGAUCGCGCCCUCCACGUUCGCGAUGGCGGAAGACAAUGAAAGCAUGGUUACGGUCAACGUCAUCAGUACUUUCCUGUUGGGUCUGCUGAUUCUGCCGAAACUGAGGGAGACGGCGGCGAAGUUCAACGUGCAGCCGCAUCUUACGGUUGUUUCGUCAGAGGUGCAUAUGAUGGCGAAGUUCGAAGAGAGGAAGAACCCGGAUCUCCUAAAGACGCUUAAUGACGAGAACACGACGGACAUGGGAGACAGAUACCAAGUCUCCAAGCUUCUCCAAGUCUACUGCGCCCGCGAACUCGCCGCCCGUCUCAACAAGACCGGUAACUCCAACGUCAUCGUCAACUACCUAAACCCAGGGAUGUGCCAUUCUUCACUAUCGCGGGACGGGCCCUUUUUCCUGGAGGUUCUGAAAUUCUUCCUGGCGCGCUCGACGGAAUAUGGAAGUCGAGCACUCGUGAGUGCUGCGACGGCGGGGGAAGAGACCCAAGGGGCGUACCUUAGCGACUGUCACGUUGCCCAGCCGGCUCCGAUGGUGUUGGAUGAGCCCGAGAUGCAGCAGAGGGUGUGGGAUGAAGUUUCGGCGAAGUUGGAGAGCAUUCGGCCAGGAAUCAUGGCGAGUGUCUAA